AUGGUGCUAUGGGAGAUUACACUGGGAACUGCGUAUUUUUUGGGUCUCAAACGAACUUACAGGCUCGCUCUCAGGAUUCAACGUAGGAUCAUAAACCCUAACCACCCUCAGAUCCGCCAAUUUCUUCACAGAAGAACACGUUCUGUAUUUGAUGUGGCAAUCAAAGUUCAUCAGAACAUUCAAGAAAGGGACAUAGAAGUUGGUCGGAAUCUCGGAAACUUCAUUUUGCGAUGGCUCGAUCGAAUGAAACCGUCAGCUCAGAUUCAUGGUGGAUCACCCACAAAUGGUGCUAGCUCAAGUAUAAGAACGACAAAGCUUCAAGCUAAGUAUUCUAACCUCAAAAGACCUAGUUACUACACCUUAUUCAAGAGGGGAUCAAAUAAGCGUUUAUUUACCCCGUCAACAAGUAUAUGGCCAAAACCUUUCCCCACCAUUGCAAGUAUGUUGCGACCACCAAAUCCUGCUGGGACAACCACCCACUAUCGGUACCUCAGUAACUAUCCUCGUGAUGCUUUCAGAUCAAACUGUAAUGCUUACUGGCCGGCAGGCGUUAUUAGGAAGGACAUCAUGCAAUGGAUGCUGCAGAACUAA